AUGAUGAUGACAGGUCUGGAUGUGGACACACUUAAAAUGACCAGUUUUUCAGUGACUAAAACUCUAAGUGGUGUCCUGCAGGGUUUCUGCGGUUCUUGCUGGGCCUUCAGCACUACGGGAGCGAUUGAGGGACAAAUAUACAAAAAUACAGGCAGGCUGAUCUCACUGAGCGAGCAAAACCUGGUUGAUUGCUCCAGACCAUAUGGCACCUAUGGCUGCAGUGGUGCCUGGAUGGCCAAUGCCUACGACUACGUGGUCAGCAAUGGGCUGCAGUCUGAAACCAGCUACCCAUACACCUCAGUGGACACACAACCCUGUUUCUAUGACAGCAACCUUGCAGUUGCCCAUAUCAGAGACUACAGAUUCAUACCGAAAGGGGAUGAGCAGGCGCUGGCUGAUGCCGUGGCAACCAUCGGGCCAAUCACAGUCGCUUUUGAUGCUGAUCAUUCGAGUUUUCUCUUCUAUAGUUCUGGAAUAUAUGAAGAACCCAACUGCAACCCAAACAAUCUGAGCCAUGCGGUGCUGCUGGUUGGCUACGGCUCCGAAGGAGGCCAAGACUACUGGAUCAUCAAAAACAGUUGGGGUAGCAGCUGGGGUGAAGGUGGCUACAUGCGGCUGAUCCGUGAUGGCAAGAAUACUUGUGGUAUUGCUAGCUAUGCUUUGUAUCCUAUCCUCUGAUUCUGAUCGGAUGUUCAGAACAAAAUCUCCUGCUACGAGUUUCAUGUGGCCUGUUAUAAGGACUCCAGAAAACUGUCAGUCAUUUCUUGUGCAGAUUAUUUCAUGUUUCGAGUGCUUCUAUGGUCAGGAUUUUUUCUUUUUGAGUGUCUCUGCUGAAGUCCUUUAAGAUUGCUGUUGGCUUUUACGGCUGCUCUCAGGGAUCCCUACAGUACAACUGGGUGGCAGAGUAUGAAAAAAUGCUUUAUAAUAUAUUCAUAUACAUAUAGUUUCCAUUAUGCAACAACACUAAUAUUACUGUCAAUAAAGUCUGAUUUGUACAUUUCAUGCAAAUCACUGUGAUUCAAACUGCUUGCAGAGAGAGAGGGGUGGGGGUGGAUGAUGGACUUGGUUCAGGUUGACUGAAACCUAAACUCUUUUCCUGGUGUUUUUCACAUAUGAUGUGUUUUAGUACAGACUAAAUAAAGCAGUGGACGGUGCAAAUAAAUAUUGUUUUAUCUCUA